AUGUGCUUUUGUUCCACUCUUACUCUCAAAAUAUCCCUUUUGGUUGCCAUAACUUUGGCCGCAGGAUUCAAUGCUGGACAAGUCUCAAAAGACAUUACCAUGCUGGAUAAGUUGGAAGGCCACCAUCACGUUAUUCUCAUCAUAAGUCUUUCCCUGUGCGUUAUCAUUCUGGUUGUCCUCUUAUUCGCCAUUUUUGCUGCGAUUCGGCAUCAUAUAUUAAUUCUAAGUGUGUCCCUCAUAUGCUUAUUUAUUAAGUCUUUUGCAAAGAUGAUCAUUCUAAUCGUGUCUCUGCUAUCUGUAACAACGACUUUAGAAAACACUGCGGCUCACUUUUGGUUUAUUCUAUGUUGGAUAUUUACGAUUACGUGCAUGAUAACCGCUCUUUUCUUUUUAAUGCGGUUAAAAGAAUACGAGACAGAGGAUUAA